AUGCAAAUCUUUCAAGAGGCAUUGCCAACACUGGAGCAUAGGCUUUGUCUGAGGCAUUUAUAUGCCAACUGUAAGAAAGUAUAUGGGGGUGGUACUGUACUAAGGGACCUAAUUCUGUCUAUUGCCAAAGCUACCUAUGUGGAAGAAUGGGAAAGGAGGAUGAAUCAAUUAAAGGAGCUCAACAGAGACUGUUAUGAGAAGUUGUUUGCUUUGAAUCCAAAAUUGUGGACAAAGAGUCACUUUACAUUUCUGGCCAAGAGUGACAUGCUGAUGAACAACAUCUCGGAGGCAUUCAAUGGAAGAAUCCUAGAGGCAAGAGACAAGCCAAUUCUGACAAUGUUUGAAUGGAUUAAGUGCUAUUUGAUGACAAGGUUUGCAGAGAAAAAGAAGAAGGCAGAGAGGUAUGAGGGUACACUUUUGCCAAAACCCAAGAAACGGCUAGAUAUCAUCGCGGUUAGAGCUAUGGAGUGGCAAGCUAAAUGGGCAGGAGACCUGAAGUUUGAAGUCCACCAUAAGAACAGGAUGAUCAUGGAAAGGUUUGUGGUCGAUUUGAUGGCUGGAAGGUAUAGUUGUAGGUUCUGGGGUUUGUGUGGUAUGCCGUGUCCCCAUGCUUGCUGUGCUAUCUUUGAGAAGGGUGACAACCCGGAAGAUUAUUGCAGUAACUAUUACAGCAAGGCAGCAUACCUUGCUACAUAUGGGCAGUCAAUAUCACCAAUCAAUGGAGAAAAUAUGUGGCCAAAGAUACAAUGCGAUACCAUCAUCCCUCCAAUUUUCAGAGUUAAACCAGGAAGGCCAAGGAUGGUUAGGAUAAGGGAACCCGAUGAAAACAGAUCACAAACAAAAUAUAGAAGAUCUGAAACUUCUGUUACCUGCAGUAAUUGUGGCCAAUACGGACACAAUAGGAGACUCUGUCCAAACCCUAUAGUAACAGGUAUUGUUUACCAAGUUAUUUUGUUCAUAUGUUGA